AUGAAUUACCGAUUUUCGCCGUCCCCUCGCGAACAUUCUAAUGCUAAGUGGAAUGUUUUAAGUCAUAAAUCUCACGGUCAAACUGAUGUUAAUUUAAAUGCUUUAGAAGUUGACAAAAAACAUUUAACGGCGGUUAAUGAAAUACUGGAAAAAAUAAGUAAAGCCCGCAAAGCCAGCGAUUUACCGGCUGAUUCAGAUAUUAGUGCUGCAAAGUAUGACGAACUUAAAGUGCCUGGUAAUAAAAAAUAUGACCCAGUUAAAAUUAUUCUUCGAGACAAAAAAACCCAAUUAAGAAGCGCCAAA